AUGAAUAAAAAUAAAAAUUUGGGUCGCAUCAAAAACGUGGAUAGUAGUAAUGACGAGACAUCCGAGGAAAAAUCGGAAAAAUCGGAUUUUGUUUUAGAUAGUUCAAAUAGUGAAGAUACCUCGGAUGUCUCCUCGAAAGAAGAAGAACGCGAAAAUUCUUCGGAAGAGGAGAAUUCCUCGGAAGAACAAGAACAGAAAGAAAUAAGAAAACAUUCCAGAAAAGAGGGUCCUUCAAAAAGGGUGAAUAAACAUAAACACCGUCCCAUGGAAAUGUCUUCAAAAAAGCCCGUCAGUAGGUUUCGACAAGUUGUUGAAGUAGUUUCACCGAAAAAACGCGAUCCACGUUUCGGUGAUCUUUCGGGCAAAUUAAAUGAAGAUUUAUUUGAAAAAUCUUAUAGCUUUUUGAAUGAAUACAAGUUAUCCGAAAUUGAAGAAAUUCGAAAACAGAUAAAGGAAGAAAAGAAUCCAAUAAAAAAACAAAAUUUACAAAAAUUAUUAACGAGAUCGGUAUUAUAA